AUACGCUUUAGAAGAAGCUCAAUACGGCUAUGAUAAGUGGAAAAAAUGGGACGUUUUACACUUGGUGAGGUGUCUGAUAAAGUGCGGCGCAAGGCAGUCGAUAAACCACGUCGGGAAUUCAGCCAUAGCUUGUGUCUUGAGACACAUUCGAGAUUGGGAAGUAUGUUAUGAAUUACUCAACAUGUUGGUAAAUGAAGGUGGAGAUCCAAAUGUGGUUGGAAGAGAUGGCUCUGUACCGUUGAUGGUUUGUUUGGUACCACUGAUCAAUAAAGAUCCUCUGCACCACUUCACACAUUCCAUGAAAGUCUUCUACCUGAACUGCAUCAAAAUUCUGCUGAAGCAAGGAGCCAAUCCGAACUGCAGUUAUAGGGCGAACCUGACCCCUCUCCAUGUGUUGGUCUUUACCGUAUCAGAGAACAUCACCCUGACCUGCGAUGCUCAGAAAGAACUCAACUUUGAGUUCAUCAAGAACCUGCUGAUCGUCCUGCUCACCCACGGAUUAGACCCGAACGAGAGGGUCAGCAGGCGAACGAGUCACAUCCUGCAGUCGUGCAUGGAUAUGAUUCAGAAUGUGCGUGAUUGCAAAGACAUCGACUACGUCUAUGAUCUGACACUGACGCUAAUUCAGUAUGGUGCCAAUCCCGAUCUGUCGCUGAACUUGUCUGAGGCGAUAAAGAAUCACCCGCUUCACUCUCAGAGCAUCUGGAAGAAGAAGAACUACAUCCUCUACUACUACGUCAUGCUUAUAUCCAGGAAGGAGAACCUGAUAACUGACCCAAACUUGUGCUUUUCCAAGAUCAUCAUGCUGUUCUAUUGCGUGAUGCAGCACAAGCCGCUCUUCGAGUGCCUCAAGAUCUUGCAUACUCAGCAGCUGAGCCUGGUCCCUGGCAAAAUGACCGAGCCGCUGACGUUCAUCAUUAGGGACCUGUACAAGAGGCCUCGCACACUCAAGCAGAUGUGUCGUGUUCGGAUUCACAACUGUCUCGGAAGGAAGCCCGGGCUUUUCAUCAAUAAGCUGAAUUUGCCCAAUCAGUUGAAGGAUUACUUGUUGAAUUUCCAGGCGUAAAAGGUAGGUGUCGGUAGGUUUGAGGUGCAUAACAGCUGGACUAUGGAUAUGGUCGUUAGUAACAGGUUUAGAAGGAUAAUUCCUCUUGAGCUGGCCAGUUUCCGCAACAAAGGAUGCCAACUCCUUCAAAUGAAGAAGAAUUGCUUCAAAUGGUUAGAUACCUAAUUUAAACAGGCCCAGUACUGUAAAAUUUUUUGAUCUGUGGUAUUUAUCUCGUACUAGUAUUUAAAUGGUUUUACCGGUGAUUAUGAACUGGCUAGUUUCUCUAAGAGACUCGGCCUUCUGUUGAAAAAGAAGAAUACUACAUAAAUUGCCAACUUUGACAUGCCAUGAAAAAUUUCUGCCUCUCAAAAUUUCACUCCUACAAGUUAAUUAUUUUGUGUUUUGUAGAUUCAAGUCCAUAAAACUAUCUCCUAUUUCAUCUAUAGUUGAAAUUUGAAACUUACAAUGUAGUUUAUUGAAAUAUUCUGGAACCAAAGUUUUACUUUUAGUUUAUUUCAAGAGAGGUUGAAAAG